AUGAGCGACCAAGGUACUCACUUUUGUAAUAGGAAGAUAGAAUCACUACUCAAGCGAUAUGGGAUACUACACAAGGUUACAACCGCUUACCACCCCCAAACUAAUUGGCAAGCGGAGGUGUCCAACCGGGAGAUCAAGCGGAUUUUGGAGAAAGUGGUGAGUCCACAAAGGAAAGACUGGAGCUCUUGGUUGGGAGAUGCAUUGUGGGCAUAUAGGAUGGUCUAUAAGACUCUGGUAGGGAUGAGUCCCUUUCGGAUUGCCUAUGGGAAUGCAUGCCACCUCCCGGUGGAAAUUGAACAUAAGGCUUAUUGGGCAGUUAAGCAGUGCGAUAUGGAUUUCACCAAGGCGGGUAUAGCCAGGAAAUUGCAACUAGAGGAACUUGAAUGUCUUAGGAUGGAGGCAUAUGAGAAUGCACGGAUCUAUAAAGAGAAGACUAAGGCAUUCUGA